AUGGAAAACAAAUCAGGUGAAGGGAAACAACAACAUAUCCCUCUACUGAGCCCUUAUAAAAUGGGAAACUUUCAGCUAUCACAUAAAGUUGUAUUGGCGCCAUUAACAAGGCAAAGAUCAUAUGGUAAUGUUCCACAACCACAUGCUAUCCUUUAUUACUCACAAAGAACCACAAAAGGAGGUCUUCUAAUAGCCGAGGCCACAGGAGUUUCUGAUACUGCCCAAGGGUACACUGAUACUCCUGGAAUAUGGACAAGGGAGCAAGUGGAGGCCUGGAAACCAAUUGUAAAUGCUGUCCAUUCCAAAGGAGGAAUCUUCUUUUGCCAAAUUUGGCAUGUGGGCAGAGUUUCCAACACAGGUUUCCAGCCCAAUGGACAGGAUCCUAUAUCAUGCACAGACAAGCCAUUAACACCUCAAAUUGGACUAGAUGUUGCAGAAUUUACCCCUCCACGGCGCCUUACAACAGAUGAAAUUCCUCACAUUGUAAACGAUUUUCGGCAUGCUGCUAGAAAUGCCAUUGAAGCUGGUAAAAAUAGGAUUGAGAUCCAUGGAGCUCAUGGCUAUCUAAUUGACCAGUUUAUGAAAGACCAAGUCAAUGAUCGAACUGACCAAUAUGGAGGGUCUUUAGAGAACCGUUGUAGAUUUGCACUCGAAAUAGUUGAAGCAGUUGUAAAUGAGAUUGGAGCUGACAGAGUUGGAUUUAGGCUUUCCUCAUUUGCUGACUACAUGGAAUCAGGAGACUCAAACCCAAGUGCUUUGGGUCUUUACAUGGCUGAAUCUUUGAAUAAGUAUGGUAUAUCUUAUUGCCACAUGGUUGAGCCUAGGAUGAAAACACUUGCGGAAAAAGUUGAAUGUCCUGAAAGCCUUGUACCCAUGAGGAAAGCAUUUAAAGGUACUUUUUUGGUAGCUGGCUGUUACGAUAGAGGAGAUGGAAACAAAGCUUUGCUUGAAGAUCGAACUGAUCUUGUUGUAUAUGGGCGUCUAUUCUUAGCCAAUCCAGAUUUACCAAAGCGAUUUGAGCUAGAUGCUCCUCUGAACAAGUAUAUCAGGGAGACAUUCUACAUAUCUGAUCCUGUUGUUGGCUAUACUGACUAUCCACUUCUAGAAACCACAGCAUGA